AUGGGCAGACAGCUGGGGCUCAGGGUGGGACUGCAGGGUGUCCAUACAAUGACUUGUUCUCAGUGGGGUACACCGCGUAGCCAGGGUCUGUUCCAGGAUGGAGAUAUAGUUAUCGGCGGGCUCUUCAUAAUUCAUUACCAACCUCCAUUUGCAGACCACAACUUCACCCAGUUGCCGCACCACAAACCUUGUACUGGUUUAGAUCAUGUUCCACUGCAGUACGUAUAUGCUAUGGUGUUUGCAGUGGAGGAAAUCAAUCUUAAUACAGAGCUGCUACCAGGAGUGAAGUUGGGCUACUAUAUUUUUGAUAGUUGUGGAAAACCACCAUGGGCUCUCCAGGCAGCUCUGUCACUAGUAGGAGGAAACCGCACCAGCUGUAAUUCAACAGAGUCUCCCAAUUAUUCUGCAGGUGAUUACCAAGUUCCCCUGAUCAUUGGUGGUGCUUCAUCUUCAACAGCCCAGAUACUCUCCAGAACCCUGGGGCCACUCUCUGUACCUUUGAUUAGCUACCAAGCGAGCUGCCCCUGUCUGAGUGACAGGCCCCAAUAUCCCAACUUCUUCAGGACCAUCCCCAGUGAUAUUUACCAAGUCCGUGCCAUGGCCCAACUUGCCAUACGCUUCAACUGGACCUGGAUCGGAGCAGUGGUAGCAAACAAUAAUUAUGGGCUAAAGGCAAUACAGAUAUUUCAGGAGGAGACUCAGGGGGCAGGAGUGUGUUUGGCAUUCGUAGAGACUCUCAACAGGGAAAACAUUCUGAGUGAUGCCAGACGAGCAGCACUCACAAUUCAGGCCUCAACUGCAAGGGUGAUUCUAAUCUUUACCUGGUAUACAGAUGUGAGGGAACUGUUUCUGCAACUAAUGAAGAUAAAUGUGAUUGACAGACAGUUUCUGGCCAGUGAGGCUUGGAGCACCAGUGGCGAUCUUAUCCAAAAUCUUGCCACAAGUAAAGUGGCAAGUGGUGUUCUUGGUGUGGCCAUUCGAAGUUCAUCUAUACCUGGAUUUGAAAAUUAUCUCAGAAAUUUGCACCCAGUUCUUCAUACUGGUGAUGACAUUUUAAAGGAAUUCUGGGAAGCUGAGUUUGGGUGCAGUCCUGGGGCCACACCUCCCUUCACAUUUUCCUCUUCCUCUCUACCCCCUUGCAGUGGCACAGAGUCCCUGGAGGGAGUACAGAAUCUCUUUACUGACACCUCCCAGUUAAGGGUGGCAUAUAAUGUCUACCUUGCUGUUUAUGCUGCAGCCCACGCCCUUCACAGCCUUCUCUCCUGUCCCAACAGUAACAGCCCUCCUGGUGAAAACAGCUCCAUCUGCUCCUCUCCAAAAUCCAUCAAACCCAUUGAGCUGUUGCAGCACUUGAACAAAGUGAAUGUCACCACACCACAGGGUGAAAUGUUUUAUUUCCAAGGGGCCGACAUUCCAGCAAAGUACGAUCUUGUCAACUGGCAGAACACUCCUGAGGGGACACUAAAACUUGUGUUAAUUGGUCGUGUGGAUGGGUUUGAGCUCCACCUUAAUGAAUCAGCUAUUCAGUGGAGCACAGGAUCCAAUCAGGUGCCAAUUUCAAUGUGCAGCGAGAGCUGCCCUCCAGGGACCAGAGUGGCCAACAGGAAAGGGGAACCUGUCUGCUGCUUUGACUGUAUCCCAUGUGCUGAGGGGGAGAUCAGCAAUACAACUGGUUCCCACCACUGUGAGCCCUGUCCAUUAGAGUUCUGGUCCAAUGAUAAAAGAACUGUCUGCAUCCCUCGUCAAGUGGAUUUCCUUUCCUUUAAUGAAACUUUGGGCAUUACCCUGACUACAGCAGCUGUGUCUGGGGCUACAGUGACAACAGCUGUGUUUGUGGUGUUUCUUAGCUACCGCCAAACACCUAUGGUACGAGCCAACAACUCAGAACUGAGCUUUCUGCUUCUCGUGUCACUGAAGCUCUGCUUCCUGUGCUCACUGGUGUUCAUUGGUCGUCCAUCAGUCUGGACUUGUCGGUUCCAGCAGGCAGCUUUUGGGAUCAGCUUUGUACUCUGUGUUUCCUGCCUCCAAGUCAAAACCAUAGUGGUUCUUGCGGCAUUCCGCUCAGCUCGGCCUGGUGCUGAAGCCUUGAUUAGGUGGUUUGGUCCAGGCCAACAGAGAGGAAGUGUCUGCUUCUUCACCUGUAUACAGGUUAUCAUCUGUGCUGUAUGGCUGUCCCUCAGUCCCCCAGUGCCUCAACAUGAUCUGGGUUUCCGAGGGUCAAAGGUCACCCUCAGAUGUGCCAUGGCCUCUGUGGUGGGUUUCUCUCUUGUUCUGGGUUAUAUUGGCCUGUUGGCCUGUACCUGCCUCCUCUUGGCCUUUCUUGCUCGGAAACUCCCUGACAACUUCAAUGAGGCCAAACUGAUCACUUUCAGCAUGCUGAUCUUCUGUGCUGUCUGGGUGGCCUUUGUCCCUGCUUAUGUUAGCUCUCCUGGGAAAUACACAGUUGCCGUGGAGAUUUUUGCAAUCCUAGCCUCAAGCUAUGGUUUACUCUUCUGUAUUUUUGCUCCAAAGUGUUUUAUUAUUCUGUUGAGGCCUGACAAAAACACUAAAAAGCACCUGAUGGCCAGAUAG